AUGUCAGAGUUUCUACAUUCAGAAGCUUAUGGUAAGAUUCGGUCUGGAAAACGCAAAGCCCACCGCAAAACCAUUGGACCCGGCCACCUACAUCCAUCGGAGAAAAUCUGGCUGCCGAAUUACCAACAGUAUUCGAGCUUCAUUAGUGGGUUGUUGUUCGUGGCCAUGUGUACCCGACCUGAUAUUGCAGUAGCAGUUUCAAGCCUGGGUAGAAUAACUAGUUGCCCAUCACAGGCUGAUUGGAUAGAGGCGAAGCGAAUCCUAGGAGCAGAUUUCAUGCAAUUGGAGGUGUUCGUAGAUGCUGACUGGGCCGGCGACACCAGGGACCGCAAGUCAACUACAGGCUACUUGAUCCGCUGGAAGGAACCAGAGUUUUCCUAUGAUGAUUCGCUGCAGGUGGAUUGCAUUCUCACGGCGGUCGGCGUAGACGAGGAAACCAUCUACAGCAAAACAACCUCGCUGAAGACCUGGCUGCUAGUAUAG